UCCACUUUUGCUCAGGCGCUUGAGAACCGACUGCCACAUUUUCGGAGGUGCAAUCAAGAUGAGCUUGGAAGCAGACUACGAGUGGAGGUAGCCGUGCGACAGGCCCUCGCCGAGGGACUGUCUGUAUGUGUCGACCGUACGAAUGUUGACCCUACCCAACGUGCCCAUUGGAUUAACAUUGCUCGCGAGUUUCCUGGGACACGUGUAGGCGUUAUUGUUUUCGAUACACCCUACAAUGUCUGUGCCUCGCGCCUUCACACACGCACGUCCCACCCGACCAUAACUUCUCCAGAGCAGGGUUUAUCCAUUCUAUCUCGCUUCGCCAGGGACCUUGUCUGGCCGAGGGCCUACGAGGGUCAAGAUCACCUCUUGCCGUUGCAGCCAGCUGACCAUCCUACGCCAUUCUGGACUCGCGAUGAGCUUGUGACGGUCCUUCGGCGGCUCCUGGAUUCGCCCCCCGAGGAUAACCGGCCUGGUACGGUGACCAACUACUUUCCACGUGUGCAAGGAUUCCAUUCGCGCGGUGACACGGCCAGGAAUUACGUCGCAUCGUCGCGGGCGUCUCCGAGAGGUGUGGGAGGAGGGAGAGGCCCAUGGCGUGCGUCGCCUUACCAUUAUGCCUCUCGUGGUGGGGGCGACGGCUCCAUGAGAGCGCGGGCUCGCCCUUGGGGCAAUUCUGGGAUCGGUCAAGGGUUGCAGUCACAGUCAGCUCGUGGAAGCCAUCGUCAUCACGACACAGCCCUAGCUUCGUCGACUUCGCCCGCUUCCGUUUCCCAACUUUCCUCCAGGUCGUUCCCGCCUCCUGAAAGCUCUGAGAAUCGCGCAGUAAGCGAGAGAAGCCACGGUGAUAGCACCCAGAAUUCCGCUGGACAUACAUCCCUCUCAGGAUCCGGUUCAGCGAAUGACCCUGUCCAGAUUGACUAG